AUGCGUACCUCUAUUCUGUCUAUGCUGGCUCUCGGCGCCGUUGCCGUCUCUGCCGCCCCUGCUCCUUCGACUGUGUCGGAGCUUGUUGAGCGUUCUUCCUCUACUUGCACCUUCACCUCCGCUGCUAGCGCCAAGGCCAGCAAGAAGUCCUGCUCCAACAUUGUCUUGGACAACAUCAAGGUCCCCGCCGGUGAGACCCUCGAUCUGUCCAACCUGAAGGACGGCACAAAGGUCACCUUCAAGGGUGAGACCACCUUCGGUUACAAGGAGUGGAAGGGUCCCCUCAUCCGCUUCUCCGGUAAGAACAUCGAGGUCAACGGUGCUUCCGGCCAUGUCAUCAACGGUGGCGGUGCCAGCUGGUGGGACGGCAAGGGAACCAACGGCGGCAAGACCAAGCCCAAGUUCUUCUACGCCCACUCCCUGGAUGACUCGACCAUCACCGGUCUGAACGUCAAGAACACCCCCGUCCAGGCCUUCAGUGUCCAGGCCGACAACCUUGUUCUCGACCACAUCACCAUCGACAACUCCGCCGGUGACAGCAACGGCGGCCACAACACCGAUGCCUUCGAUGUCGGCGAGUCCACCUACAUCACCAUCAGCAACGCCAACAUCAAGAACCAGGAUGACUGCCUGGCCAUCAACUCUGGCGAGAACAUCAUCUUCACUGGCGGUACCUGCUCCGGCGGCCACGGUCUCUCCAUCGGCUCCGUCGGUGGACGUGACAACAACAACGUCAAGAACGUGACUAUCUCUGACUCCACUGUGACCAACUCCGACAACGGUAUCCGCAUCAAGACCAUCUACAAGGCCACCGGUGAGGUCGCCGACGUCACCUUCUCCAACAUCGAGCUGUCCAACAUCGCCAAGUACGGUAUCGUCAUUGAGCAGGACUACGAGAACGGCAGCCCCACUGGCACUCCUACCACCGGCGUUCCCAUCACCGGUCUCACUGUCGAGAAGGUCACUGGUACCGUCAAGAGCAGCGCUACUGAUGUCUACAUUCUGUGCGGUGACGGCUCUUGCUCUGACUGGACCUGGUCUGGCAACAAGGUCUCCGGCGGUAAGACCAGCAGCAAGUGCAAGAACGUGCCCUCCGGUGCCUCUUGCUAA